AUGUCUUCAUCGUACCAGAUUUUAUUGACGAAUAUAUUCAUAACAAUUUUUUCAGUCGUCACUGCAGGUACACCUCAGCGUAUAGUCAGUGGAAAUCAUGCAGCACCCGGAGAGUUUCCAUACAUCGUCUCCUUGAGAUUCAACUUCCGAGACAAUAAACAUAUCUGUGGUGGCUCGAUAAUAAGCCCCAAACACAGUCUGACAGCGGCCCACUGCGUUGAUUGGCUUUAUCCUAGGGAUAUAAUUGUUGUCAGUGGAACUAAUCGCCAGGAUGAUAAGAAUGCAUUGAAAAAAUCCCUGAAUCUCGAUGGCUCCAUGCAAGAUGCAAUAAAAUUGCCCACCAAAUCUUGGAUUCCUCAUACAAUUGCUACCGUUGCUGGAUGGGGCUAUAAACAUGCACUUUCGAGUCCAGAUUAUUCUAAAGAUGUUCCCAAUGAUCUGAGUAAAUUACAAGUGACGAUUAUUACUCAUGAAGAGUGUGCGAAGAAACGAGCUCAGCCUUUUGAAUACCAGAUUUGUGCUACAAGACCUAAUGCCACCAUAUGCCAGCUGAAGGACGAUUUGAAAUUAGAUGGUUACUUGCAAGACGCCAUUGAGUUACCUAUCAAACCCUAUGUCCCGAAGAGAAAUGCAGUUGUUGCCGGAUGGGGCUACACACAAGCCCUCCUCGACCACGAUGACGACACAGACACUUCGGAUGAUCUCAACAAACUGAAUGUUACUAUUAUAACUCAUGACGAAUGUCGUGAAACACGACUUCCACCUUUUGAGUAUCAGAUUUGUGCUACUAAUCCCGAUGGAGUUGUAUGCCAGGGUGACAGUGGAGGGCCAUUAGUUGUUGACAAUAUCCUUGUUGGCGUUCUUUCUACGUCGAGUUGCUUGAUCGGAUCGACGCCCGCUUUCAUGGAUGUCUAUUAUUUCAAAGAUUUUAUUGAGAAAGCAAUGAACGAGGACUAA